UCCAUCCAGACCAACAAACGACACGAACUUUGUGACCAAGGCCAAUCCCGCGGGUAAGCUGAAAAUAACACAGAACGCCAUUGUGUUUAGCGAAAUUAGCCUGCUGUACAUCGCAUGAUCAGAUUCAAGAUGGCAAGUUGUGGGAAGAAGACGUAACCGUACAUUUCCUCCAACUUUUCUUCGUUCCAUUUUGAAAAAAUUCCUCGCAACGUCCAAAUGAAGAAGAACAACGUUGGAAAUGUUCAAGUAGCGCGCCAAACGCACGACAAAGGCAAUAACUUGGUACGAAAUAUCGGUCUCUUCAGUGAACGUCGCGAGUUGAAAAUUGUGCUCGACGUACACCAAUUACGCAGGCUCAGGCUAUUUUAGUGAUGGAGAAGAGGAUGACGAACUUAGAGGUCAGAUCAAUGGUCACCUCGAUCGAAUGCCACGCGCUCGCUGACUCGCGGUGUAUCCAGAACGAGAUAUCUGCGCUUAGCACCUCGGUGGGCGAGAUAGCACAGGUCGUUAAGACCGUUGGUCAGGAGGUCAUCGCGAUGAAGCUAAAGUCUGAGAGAACUAUGAAACCAAUGCAUUUCAACUUCUUGACCCAAAAAGGAGUAACGAGGCUACGCGAUAUGUUCAACCCCGAGUUUCGGAACUUCCCCAAACCAAUCACGAAAGUCCUCGGUCGAACGGACGUGAAGCCGAUAAAAUUCAUGAAGAUUGCGGAGUGCUCUUCGGGCGGAUGGGAACGCACUUUGGAGGAGCGGAUUCAGCAACAGUUAGCGGAUUUUGAUGAAAGUCUACCAUUCGCUUUUUUCCCGGGACGGGUCGUUUUCCUCGAGAACCAUCACGCAGUGGUAUUUGGGCCCAUGGCUCAGACAAAUAAAGAGUCUGAUUUUGAACUUUCCUCUUCCUUUGACUCAUUGAUUGGAAAAGACCGAAGUCUUUUAUUUGACAAAGAAGAAGGAAUGUUUUAUGGUGGUCGGUACAAGUUCGUAGAUGUAAGAGGCGUUCAUCCGUCGGGCUUUAUUUUUGAUGGGGCGGAAACGACUGGAAUCCCCAAACUCAAGCAAAUAGUCCUUGCAUCUCAAGUCGGAGGCGCGAGGCUGCGCUCGAAAGAUAUCCCAAAUCUCAUCUGGGAGGGUCAAAUCAGAUUUGAAUUUAUUGGGCUGCAGUUCAUAUCAUUUGACAACAACCUGUACCGCCGCUUGACUCGAAACACAUCGAUCAAGGCUACAGACACGGCCAGCCAUACAGCGAACGGGUCGAUUGUCUCCAUUUCCGUCAAGACCUCCGCUACGGCUCAAAUUGCGCCGGAAUUGAAGCGUCGUCGGAGCAAGUCUGUAUCCCAGUCCAGUUCUUCGGGUGAUUCCUCAGAUUCGUCGGAAGAUGAGGAUGGCAAGCGAAAGGCGAAGCGGACUAGGCUGGAUCAGCACUAGUUUCGACGGUAUUUCUUGGGCAUCAGAGAUAGUUUUGUGGUUUACCAAGUGUAGUUUUUGGUCACACCGUUUCUUAUAUAUGUAACGUUA